CCUAAUUUGUGAUUGGCCAAUUCAAAACGUACACGCGCGUUGAUUGGUCCAGCUGGUAGCGUCAUCGCCCAAGCUUAUAAAUACCCCAGCAUGCAUUUGGCGGGCCAUCAGUGGCGUUGCUUUGUUGUGCAGAGAAGACAGUACAAAUCAAGAUGGCUGGAGGCAAGGCAGGAAAGGACUCUGGAAAGGCAAAGGCGAAGGCGAUCUCCCGCUCAGCAAGGGCAGGACUACAGUUCCCGGUCGGCCGUAUCCACAGGCAUCUGAAGAACCGUACGACCAGCCAUGGCCGUGUGGGCGCCACAGCCGCCGUCUACAGCGCAGCUAUCCUCGAAUAUCUGACCGCUGAGGUGCUAGAGUUGGCGGGAAAUGCCAGUAAGGAUCUGAAGGUGAAGCGUAUCACGCCUCGUCACUUGCAACUGGCCAUCCGUGGGGACGAGGAGUUGGACUCCCUGAUCAAGGCUACCAUUGCUGGUGGUGGUGUGAUCCCCCACAUCCACAAGAGUCUGAUCGGGAAGAAGGGAUCUCAGAAGGCCACAUAAGCUGUACCAUUCCACGUCUACGAUGUCCUUUAUGAUUCCAAGCUUCUACGCUUUUCUUGUAUCUAGCCGAUAGUCGCCAUUUCCGCCUCCUGUCAUCGUCUUGAUAUGCUGUAUAGUAGUAGCAUCGUUUUAGACCCAAAAGAAAAAGGAAAAAAAAUCAAAAGCAAUUGAUAGAUGAAGUAGUCGCUAAGCUGUGUGUAGCCUGUCAUCACAAGCCUGUAUAUCUGGCAGCAUAGUGCGAGGGACUCUAGUCUCGUACAUAACAGUAAGGUAUCCUAAUUUUUCCAGUGACCAUUGUAGUAGUAUGUACUCGUGUGUGUUUGCUUGCUUUUAUUGUUGGUUUGCUUUCGAAUUUUGUAUUCCAGUAGUGGUGGUAGGAUCCCCGUCAUGUGACCAUGGAACACACACACCAUACAAUAAAAUGGAGUUACUUUUAUACAU